AUCAACAAGGCUUGUGAGGAAUGUCGAGUUCGAAAGAUUCGCUGCGAAGGUGGAAACCCAUGUUGUCGAUGCUCGAAGCGUAACAUGCAAUGCGUAUAUCGCUUCAAAGUUCGAAAUCGCUUGAAGAAGACUCGAGUGAAAUCCAAACCAUUGCCAAAAAAGCAUAACCAGGAAACGUCUUUGGAACGACAAGUCAAUCGCAGUCAUGAGUCCGAGACUGAGGGUAAUCAGGGGUUUCACAUCCAUAGCAUCGCGGCACUCCCUAUGCCCUCUUACAACUUUCAACUACACUAUGGACCAUCCUCCAAUUUUUCAAUCAUGCAUCUGGUAUCUAGUCAAAUCUCCGGCGUUCCGCAACCUCUAGGGCGAAGUGAGGAGGUCGCACAGGUUGGCCCUGGAUUGGAUCUGUUUGAGUACAGAUUCCUAUUUUUUGGCGACUUGGCAGACUCAAAUAAAUCCGUGCCCACCGCAGGGGUUCAAUUCACCACUCUUCCAUCGCAAGAGCUGUCCAAUCAGCUGCUUGAGCGGUAUCUUUCAACCUAUUGGCAUUUGCUACCCAUCGUCACCAAAGAAAUCUUUCGGCACCGGCUUGCUCAAAUGUACUCUUCGCCUGGAGUAUGCGCAUUUGACUCAUUAGAUGGCAUGGUAGUGCUUGCUGCCAUGGCUGUUGGUGCAUCUAUGAUGGGAGAAGAGAAAGUUGCACAGAUGCUUUUCCAAGGGGUUAGAACCAAUGCAAGACGUGCCAGCGAAUAUGUGAAUAUUCAGUCUAUUCAUUUGGAGCUCCUGUUGGCACAGUUUCGGAUGGAAAGAUCAAAACCGCAUUCCGGAUUUAUGCACGUUGGAAAUGCAACUAGGAAGGCCAUUGCGGCCGGACUCCACAGAGGUGUUAAUAUCCGAGGCAAGCCAGAAGAUGCCUCGCAGCGCCGACUUGCAUUCUGGUGCACGUACGUUUGGGAAGUAUGGGUGUGCUUCAUUCUCGGGCGCCAGACAUCUAUUUCUGAGCUCGGCUUGGAUGUACCUGUUCCCACAGACAACAAGAUAAUUGCGGCCUUGGUGAAGUUGACAAAGAUUGUUUCUCAUUGCGCUGAUCGUAUCUACAAUCAAACUUACGAAUCACUGGUGCAUAUGUGGGAUGUGGUAAAUGAGAUUCGAGGCGAGCUCCGUGAGUUUGCUAAUGAGCAGCGUAAGGAAAUUGGGCUUGAACCUGACAGGGUAUCUUGUACCGGAGAAUUGGGGUUCUGUUUGACGACAAUAUCAGCGAUGUAUCAUCAUACUCAUCUACUGCUAUUUCGACCUUUCCUGAUACUCAGAGCAAAGCUAGACCUCAUACCACCCACGAUAAGAACUCCGGCAUUGAAUAAGCUCGACAAGCUCGCAUGGCUGAAUGGCGCGUGUGAGAACUGUUUAGACACCGCUCAGAAAUGUAUACGGCUGCAGAGAACAGUAUACAUGGCAUUUUUCCUCGAGGGGGCGUGCUUCGUUCUUGGUUUUGAUAUGCUCAGCAAUAAAUCACGGCGCACCAUCCAUCUCCCAUAUAUGCAGAAUGCCGUUGCUUGCCUAUCAACGAUG